GCAGCACAGCUAUCUUUGGGGACGCCACUACUUAGCCAUCGUACCCGCGUUUGUGCCUGAGGUCACUCCGAUCGGGGACAGCUACUCCUUUGGGCUGCAGGAACUCCGUUGAGCACAACUUGCCGCCAGAAUGCUGCUCCUCCUGCUGGGGAUCAUCGUCCUCCACGUCGCCGUGCUAGUGCUGCUGUUUGUCUCCACGAUCGUCAGCCAAUGGCUGGUGGGUAACGGACAUGCAACAGACCUGUGGCAGAACUGCAGCACGUCCUCCUCAGGCUCGGUCCAGCACUGCUUCUCUUCGUCAUCAAGUGAAUGGCUGCAGUCUGUCCAGGCCACCAUGAUCCUGUCUGUCAUCUUCAGUGUCGUGUCCCUGUUCGCAUUCUUCUGCCAGCUCUUCACCCUCACCAAGGGAGGCCGGUUUUACAUCACUGGAUUCUUCCAAAUUCUUGCUGGUCUGUGCGUGAUGAGCGGGGCUGCCAUCUACACCGUCAGGCACUCUGGCUGGCAUCUCAACACUGACUACUCCUACGGCUUCACCUACAUCUUGGCCUGGGUGGCCUUCCCCUUGGCCCUUCUCAGCGGUGUCAUUUACGUGAUCUUACGGAAACGCGAAUGAGGUGCCUUGGACCAUCAGUCUUAGGCUCUGAGCGUACGCAGGGAGAGAGGAGAGAAACCAACAAAAAACAGCAACAACAAGAGCUAGCCAAAACACCCAAACUCAAGCCAAACCAAACUGAAAGCAGUUGGGGGGGGUCUCUGUUGAUUGAAGAUGUAUAUAAUAUCUAUGGUUUAUAAAACCUAUUUAUAACACUUUUUACAUACAUGUACAUAGUAUUGUUUGCUUUUUAUGUUGACCAUCAGCCUCGGGUUGAACCGUAAAGAAGUAGCUAAGGAACUUUUACAACCUAACCGUAUAAUCGGGCUCGGUAUUUUUGUUUUGUUUUUCAAUCUUUUGUUUUGCCCAGAAAUAAAAUAACUCCAUCCAGCCCCUUCCCAUUCGUCUGAAAAAAGAUACCUCCCUCCCACUCCACCUCAUAGUGAAACCUAAGUGUGGGGACAGACCCCAAGUGGUCAAAAGCCUGACAUGGAAACAUUCACUGCCUGACUCUCCGAGCGGAGCCUUAAGCACGCACGGACAAAACACCCUGACUGGAGCCCUCAGCAAAAACAUGGCUGUGGCUUUAGAACACAUGCCCUUGGAGGUGGAGUAUCUGGGUCACACGUCGAAAUGAGAAAUCAGAAACAACAAAUCUGAAAUGGUGCUAUGGAUUUACCAUUCCUUAUGAUCACUAAUCAUCUAAACGACUCACUGGAAAUUCAAUUAACAAUUUUAUGACCUAAAGUAGAAUGGAGACCUGCAUAAUUCUGUGUCAUAUAAAUGGUUUAUAACUGCUUUUGUACCUAGCUAGGCUGCUAUUGUUACUGUAAUGAAUUAAUCUUAAAGCCUUCAUCACUCCGUAUUUUUCUUGCGGUCAAAGCAUCAGGACAAGUGUCUAGACCCUUGGGACUGUGAGUUCCCAGGCUUGGCUGGGUCUAGAGUGUUCUGUGCCUCCAAGGACUGUCUGGCGAUGAUUUGUAUUGGCCACCAACUGUAGAUGUAUAUACGGUGCCCUUCUGAUGCUAAGACUCCUGAGUUUAUUUUUGCUUUGCUUUUUCUGAUUUCAUACCAUCUGUGUGGACUAAGAUGCAUUAAAAUAAACA